GGAGCGCCUUCAGAUUCCAAACCAAAGUAAGUUCACCAUUGGAGAUGUUCUUCACGACAUCUGCGCAUCCUCCAUCAUCCCCAUUUACCAUCGAGAGGCGGUCAAGCUGCUAACAUGGCGUCUUCUCGAGGCAAGAGAGGUCUGCCUGCCCAGGGCCAGUCCCAACAAGGGAUACCUGACGUCGCUCCUAUAUCCCCCGCCGAGACCGUCGACACCCAGACCGCUGAUAAACGGGUCACUCGCAGUAGCAGCAUGUCUUCUCAACGAAGCCGCGCGCCCCGUGGAGGCGCGCGCGCCGGCGCCCAUGAGACGGGGGAGGAGGCACAGUUAUGGAACGAUAUGCAGGAGAAGCUUGUCAAAUUAGGGAAAAAUGAAAUCAGGGCGAAGGAGCUUGGGAAGGAAAUUCAAGAGAUGGAAGCGAGCAUAAAGGCGAAGGAAAUCGCUGGGACGAAACCUUCCAUUGAAGACUUGGAUGCUCUGAGUGCCUUAUAUCGAGAGAACGUCCGAAUCGCCGAGAACUCCAAGUCGCUCCUCGAAGCGGAAGACACUCUGACGAAGGUGUCGCUUCUCCAGGCGAUGGUCUCUCAUACGGAAGAGAACCUUGAAGCAUCUACGACGCGUCUCUCCGCUUCGCGUGAUUCCAGAUCCAACAUGGACUUUGAUGGGCCAUCCGACUCUCCUGUUCCUUCGCCAGCAGAGAACAAGCAUGUCCGGAAGGUUGGCACUGGCAGAAUGAGCAGCCAGCCACCGCGAGAGAAGGAGGCAACAAAGGAUGAGCCGGAAGAGAAAGAAAGCAGCAGUACAGGCAGAACAAAGGUUACCUUCGCCCUCGGAGCUGAGGUUGCCUUCAAGCCAAAGAUUCCAGGUCAGACCGAGGAGCAUGACUGGAUUCAGGGUAUCGUGGUGAAGGUCAUCGGCGAAGGGAAGAGUCGUCGGUACGAUGUUCAAGAUCCGUUUCCAGAUGAUGCUACUCGACAAGGCGAGACGUAUCGAUCAUCUGCCUCAUCCAUGGUCAAGAUCCCGCCUGUAGGGACCCCGCUGGCAGAUUAUGAGGUUGGCAAACGGGUCCUCGCGCUUUAUCCUGAAACGACUACUUUCUAUCGAGCAGAUGUCAAGGCAAUGUUAGAUGGCGGAUCCAAGGUUCAGCUUCUAUUUGAGGAUGAGGCUGCCGGGGCUCUCAAGAUUGUUGAUCGGAGGUUCGUCUUGGAUCACAAGGGGUAGAGCAUUGGAGUUGCAGGCACAGGAUGGAUAGGUAAAGUAUAUAUAUAUAUAAUUGGCGUUCCAGGCAAGGUGCAGGAAUACGGUAUACCCUCACAAUUCAGAAUAUUUUACUGUUACUUAGAAAAGGCAAAAAGUAGUCAAUAUCAACAUGAGCAUGAC